GGACAAUGCCGUGGGUCAAAAAGAGGGUGAGCAUCCAAGGAUAUCAUAUCGUGAGCUUGUCGAUGCGACGGAUGGCUUUUCGGAAGUGAAUUUGAUUGGGAAAGGAGGAUAUGGACAGGUCUACAGGGGUGUCCUCCAUGGCGGGACAGAGAUCGCCGUCAAAGUCCUGCACCAGGACCAGGUCGGCGGCGAGGUGAUCGCCGGCAGCUUCGAGAGGGAGUGCCGGGUGCUCAGGAGCAUCCGGCACCGGAACCUCAUCCGCGUGAUCACCGCGUGCAGCACGCCAGACUUCAAGGCAGUCGUGCUCCCGUUCAUGCCGAACGGCAGCCUCGAUGGCCUCGUCCACGGGCCUCCCCGCGGCGGCGGCAAGCCGGAGGGGCCGCGCCGGCUGGACCUGGACCUGCUCCUCAGCGUGGCCAGCGACGUCGCCGAGGGCGUGGCGUACCUGCACCACCACGCCCCCGUCAAGGUCGUCCACUGCGACCUCAAGCCGAGCAACGUCCUCCUCGACGCCGACAUGACCGCCGUCGUCUCCGACUUCGGCAUCUCGAAGCUGGUGGCCGCGGACGCGAGAGGUCCGGAGAUGGGCGAGGCGUCGAUGUCCGUAUGCAACUCCAUCACUCGGCUGCUGCAAGGCUCCGUUGGCUACAUUGCACCCGAGUACGGCUUGGGAGGCCGCCCUUCGACGCAAGGCGACGUGUACAGCUUCGGGGUGAUGCUCCUGGAGAUGAUCUCCGGGAAGAGGCCGACGGACGUGAUCGCCGAGGAGGGGCACAGCCUGCCCGAGUGGGCCAGGAACCGCCGCCUGCAGCACGACGUGGACGCCGUCGUCGAGCGCUCGCUGCCGCGUGAUCCGCCGUCGGUGCUGCCGUUUGGCCCACCGGGGCGCGAGAUGGAGGCCAUCGUCGUCACGGAGCUGCUCGAGCUCGGCAUUGCGUGCUCGCAGCUCGCGCCGUCGAUGAGGCCCGCCAUGGACGACGUGGCGCACGAGAUCGCCUGCCUUAGGGAUGGUACGUGGAGAAAAUACAGGGCAACCGAUCUGAAGGCCAUUGACCAGAUAAAGUCCAACAAACAUUAGUAGACUGGUAAUUCGCUACUUGAAUUUCUAAGCAAAGUGGUUAAGAAAAAUAUUACAAUUAACCUGUUGUAUGGGCGCGUCAUGCCGUUUUUGGCUCUGUAUCAGGCCUGUGUGCCUCCCCUAGCCUGGAUCCGGGCUCCAGUUGUAUUUGAUCCAAGUUAAUCUAUUAUAUUAUGUAAUAAAGGAGUGUUAAAAAGAAGCAACCACGU